AAUAUGCUCUGCUCCGCUCAUUACCAUCCAUCCUACCUCUAAAAAAACUUCUUUUCCAUUCUUCUUCACAAUCUGCAACAUUUUUGGUUAAAAGCUAUGGGAAUAUAUGGAAUGGUGACAGGAAAAGCAGGAAAGAGUGGAUUUGGAUCAGCUUCAACUGCUGAAGAUGUCACUCACUCCAUUGACGCCAAUCCUCUCACUGCCAUCAUCACAGGUGGAACAAGUGGGAUUGGGUUGGAAGCAGCAAGAGUGUUAGGAAUGAGAGGAGCUCAUGUCAUCAUUGCCGCAAGAAACACAAAAGCUGCUAAUGAAUCUAAAGAGAUGAUUCUUCAGAUGAACCCUAAUGCUCGUAUCGAUUAUCUUCAACUCGAUCUCUCUUCCAUCAAAUCAGUCAGAUCCUUUGUCCAUCAAUUUAUAGCCCUUAAUCUCCCUCUCAACAUACUCAUAAACAAUGCAGGUGUUAUGUUUUGUCCUUUCCAACUCACUGAAGAUGGGAUUGAAUCACAAUUCGCAACAAACCACAUUGGUCAUUUUCUGCUGACGAAUCUGCUUCUGGACAAAAUGAAGAGUAGCGCAAGAGAAAGUGGAAUCGAAGGAAGGAUUGUGAAUUUGUCAUCUGUUGCUCAUACUUAUACUUACCCUGAUGGUAUCAAGUUUAAUAGCAUCAACGACCCUGAUGGAUAUUCGGAGAAAAAGGCUUAUGGACAGUCCAAACUCGCAAACUUAUUGCAUUCCAAUGCACUCUCUCGUAAACUACAGGAAGAAGGUGUAAACAUCACAGUAAAUUCGGUACACCCUGGACUUGUCACCACUAAUCUCUUUCGCCACUCCGGUUUAGGAAUGGCGGUCUUCAAGGCUAUGAGUUUCUUCUUAUGGAAAAACAUACCUCAGGGAGCAGCAACAACAUGCUACGUGGCACUUCAUCCUGAUCUCAAAGGCGUCACCGGAAAGUACUUCGCCGACUGUAACAUCACCACUCCGAGCAAAUUUGCUACCGACGAUUCUCUCGCCGAUAAACUUUGGGAUUUCAGUACCAAACUCAUCGAUUCUCUCCCCUAAUUAAUUAUGAACCAUCUAAGCAAGAAUGUGUAAUUUGUUUUUGUCAUCCGAUUUUCUUAUACAUUCACAAUUUGUCACCCAUACAUUUUUACAUUGAUUUUUCAUUUAGCACCGGAUAUUUAUGCAUCGAACGAAUAUACUAGAAUU